AUGCGGAGGACGGCUGCAGGGGUACUGGUCCUGCUGGCCAUGGUCGGCCUGGUCGGCCUGGUGCUGACCGUCGAGUGCGCAGAGGGCAAGGCCGGCAAGGCGGGCAAGGCGGGCAAGGCCGGCAAGGCGGGCGGACUGGUCGAGCUUAAUGAUGACAACUUUGACGAGAUGGUCAUCAAGGCGCCGCAUUCAGAGGUCUGGCUGGUUCUGUAUGUCGGCGAUGCCGAGAUGUGCAAGGUCUGUCCGCAGCUGGAGGCCCAGCUCACCCGCGCUGCGCCAAGAAUGGCCAAGAUCGGAGUCCGCUACGGCAUUGUGCGGCAUUCAGAGGCAUCGGCCAAGACGCUCAAGGCAUACAAGGUUCCCACUUUGCCGACCUUGCAUGCCUUUACCGCGCUCAAGGUCAAUCCGUAUGCCGCAGGCGCCGCAUACAAGUCGCCCGUCCGCUACACCGCCGAACAGUUCUCCGAGGCGCUGGUGGCCAAGUGGCUGGCGGGCAUCCUUCGCGAGCAGUUUGAGGCCGAUACGGCUGCGCUGCUCGCCGGUGGCCUGGCCGACGGCGUCGUGGCCAAGGACGCCCUGCCCAAGGAUUCGACUGACGGUCCGCUGGUGCUUCUUCUGCGCGACGAGCCGCUCAUUGCUCUCGAUAUGUUGGCAUUCAAGCACCGCGGUGCUGUGAGUGUGGCAUGUAUCUCCAAGCCAGAGGCCAUGGCCGCGGUGUGGCACCGGUACGGCGGAAGCGGUGCGCCGCUGGAAAAGGUCGGCCUGCUGGCCAUCGACCCGGUGAGUGGCGCCGUCCUCGCCGCCCGCGACGGCCGCGACGGCAAAAUCACUCUGGGUCAUGGCCUCGAGGUUGAACACGUCAAGCCGUUGUCCAAGGAAGAGGCGCGCGCGGCGCGCGCGGCGCGCAAGGCCGCCAAGGCCGAGGCUGCCAAGGCCAAGGCCGAAGCCGCGCGCGCCAAGGCCGAGGCUGAGGCCGCCCGCCCUGGCUACGAGAUCCUCGACAAGCCGGCUUUUACCGAGCGAGUCCUUGUGGAGGACAUUGCGUGGGUCAUCGAGUUUGUCCGCGACGCGGGCCACGCGAGCUACACCAGCGAGCCUGCUGGCAGGCCGCUGUGGGACAAGGUCUCGCGCAAGCUAGUCUCCAAGAUCCACACUGGACUGGUUGAUGUCGAGGCUGAGCCCAAGCUCGCAGCCAAGUACGGCAUGGACAGCCUUGCGCCCGGCGAGUCGGCACUCGUUGCUUUUCCGCUCAACGCCAAGCGCAAGCCGGUGCGCUACGAUGGGCCGCGCGAGGCCAAGCCGCUCUACGAGUGGGCGUUGAGCUUCGUGCCCAACUAUGUGAUGCAGCUCAAGACCCAGGAGGCGACCUCGGCGUUUUUCCAGCAUAACCUGGCGACGCCCAAGGUCAUUCUGUUCUCCGAGGCCGAGACCGUCUCGACCAUGUACAAGAUCCUCGCCCGCGACUACCGUGGGAAGCUGUUUUUUGCCCAGAUUCCAGCCGAAAACACCCAGUUCAUCGCCGGCAUGGACUCGAUCGAGUCAUUCCCGGCCCUGCUUGUCGCCGGCUCGUUUGGUGGCGACCGCGCCCAGAUCCGGUUCAUCCCUUAUCAGGGCCCGUACAAGCUCAAGCACCUGCGUGCGUUUAUGAACCAGCUCCUGGCCGAGGUCGAGAUGAUCGAGAACGGCGAGGUGCCCGGGCAGACCAAGGCUAAGGCCAAGACCAAGACCAAGAGUAAGGCCAAGGCCAAGGCCAAGCCGCUUCCGCUCGCCUACGCCGCCGAUCAGGACGGGCUCUCCCAGGCCUGCCUUGACAAGUCGUCCGGCAUGUGCCUGCUGAUGGUCCUUGAUGCUGCGCCCGGUGCCGAGUUUGCACAGGACAACCUGCGGUACCGCGGCCUGCUCCGCGCGGCGGCGGGCAAGGCCAAGGCCACCUCUGUUCGCCCAGUCUGGCUCAAGUCGCACCACCUGUCGUUCAACGAAGCGCUGCACUUGGAGUUUGGCUUCCCGGCCCUGGUUGUUCUCGAUCCGGCCAAGGCUCGGUACGCGGUCUACGUCGGCGCCCUCAAACCCGAUGCUGUUGCCCAGUUUGUCGACCGGGUUGCCCGCGGCCGCGAGCGAACACUGCCGCUUCCCGACGCGGCCGUCCUUGGCGCCGAGUCGCUCGAUGACUUUGACUAUGAGGACGGCGACGACGCCGCGGCGGCAGCCGGUGAGCUCGACGACUUUGACGCCACAGACAGCGCCGGAUCUGCCGCCAACGACGGCGCCAACGCCGACGACGCGUAUGCCGCCGCGCUCGCCGCCGCUCAGGCAGCAAUGGCGGCGCGCAAGCAGGAGCUGUAG